AUGGCCACGGGAAAACAUCCUCGUCUUGGACCUCUUCCGGUCACCGGCACCAGCAACGACGGCGUCCUGCCACUGGACCUGCUCUACGACAUCCUCCUCCGCCUCCCCGCCAAGCCGCUGUGCCGCUUCCGCGCCGUCUGCACCUCAUGGCACUCCCUGCUCUGCCACCGGGACUUCAUCGCCGCCCACCGGCGCUGCCACUCCUCACAGCGCAUAGCCGUCGGCAUAUGCGGCCAUGGACAGCUCCCCUGCUUGGUCAUCCUAGACAUGGAAUCCGGCCGCGUCGUCAAACGCGUGAGCACCAGCAAUUACCGUCGUUCACAUAAGAUGCGCGCUGUGAUCCCUCACCGGGCGGUGGGCGUCGUCGGUAUGGACAUGCGGCUCAGCCUAAUGGACUUCGCUACCGGGGCCAUCUCCCUCUUGCCCGACCACGCGCCGCCGCGGGACUACACCACGGUCUCUUACACGGUCGGCCGCGCGGCCCCUACAGGAGAGUACAAGGUGCUGGCCAUAGCCAUCAUCCUGAAAGAGCGGCGGCACGUUUGCAAGAUCCUCACCCUCGGCGGCGGCGGCAAUGGCGACGGCGGCCAGCGGCGCUGGAGGGGCACGGGAAGCCCUCCCUGCAGGGUGGUAUCACCUCCCGUGCCAUCGUACAACAGACAGACGACCGUCGUCGAGGGGGUUGCCUACUUCUUGGUGUUCUCGAGUUGCUUGUGGUACAACCCCGAGCUGAACACGGCGGAGCACGACUGGAUCAUGGCAUUCAGCUUGGAUACGGAAGCGUGGCGGCCAGACCCAAUCCAAGGGCCCACGGGCUGCUUUGGCAUCGGGCUAGGAGGUCUCGAUGGUCAUCUGGUCGCUUGCCACGACGACCGAAAAACCUGCGUGGAGCUAUGGUACCUCGUCGACCCUGAUCAAGCUCUCUGGUCCAUGUUGCACCAGAUCGUCAUGCCCUACCAUGGACUCCCAACGUCAUCGUUGCGGCAACCCGAGCACUUCGAGAAACCUUUAGCGAUUAUGGACGAUGGUAGGAUCUUGGUGUGGAUGCGGGUCCCCACAGCCCCGGGGUCUGGCGGCGUCCUGGUCACAGUAUUGCGGGUCUAUGACCCGAGGACCGGAGAUUUCACGGACGGGACCCGGGUGACCAACUGCCACGACAUGGGCGUGCACACAUGGAGCAUGCUAUAUUUCGGACGGGGAGCUGACACAAAGUAA